CGUCCAGAUCCUACAUCGAACCGCGAACCGUGAACCGUUCACGUGGCGCCAUGCCUUUCGCUUGAACUAAAGUUCCAAAUUCCAAUGAUAUGAUGGUUUAAGCACCGUUAAAAGAUUCAAUUCAUAUCGCCAUUGAUACGGAUACAGUCGAGGUUACUUCAUCACUGAGUGAAAAAUGGUGACAAUUUCAAUCUCUCCAGUAGCGGCUCAAUCUCUUUACAUUCGCAAUGCACGAAAUGUACCCUUUAUUCCUCUUCGAAACGCACCGUUUCGAGCUACUACGAAGCUUUCUACUCUCGCUCACUCUUCUGGUUCGAUCAGUUUCAGUCCUCUAAGAUUUUCGAUUAAGGAUAAGGAAAUAAAGAAGAAAAAGAAGAGUAGAGGAUCGAGUGCGGUUUGCUACGCUGCUCCUCUCUCACGUCUUAAUCUCCAGUGGAUCUCCGCCAUAUCUUCUGCGGUUUUAUUUUUCACAAAAGGAACAGUGAUUCGGAAACAAUUUCUUGUUCCAUUGAUAGCAAUUCAAGCUCCUACAAGUAUCAUUUCAUGGAUGAAGGGUGAAUAUGGUAUUUGGGCAGCAUUCUUGGGACUGCUAGUUCGUCUCUUCUUCUUCAUUCCUGGUGAACUUGAGUUGCCAUUUCUAGCAUUACUCUUGGUGAUUGUGGCCCCUCACCAUGUAAUGAACUUAAGGGGAACACAACAAGGCGCUAUCAUUUCCUUGGUGAUUGCAGCGUAUUUGGCUUACCAGCAUUUCUCAGGUGCUGGCAGCUUGCAGAGAGCAUUUGACCAAGGUUCAAUUAUUGCCACUGUUGGCAUUGUUUGCAUCACUGUUGUCUCCUGCUUGCUUUUGAUAUGAAUUUAAUGAAGAAUCAAGACGUCUUCCAAGUUAUUGAAGACUCGUAGAAGGAGAGAGUACUGUAAGAAUAACAUAUUUUCCAGACCUAUGUUCUUGUGUUAGCAUGAUAAGUCCAUUUUAUGCUGAGAAAAAUAAGACUUCUAGAUGAAAUUUUAUAUAUGUAGAAUGUGUAUGUUCCUUUCACUUUGCUAUAUGUUGUCUUAGUGUAAUAUUGGGAAUCGUUGUUGAAAUAAUACAAGUUUAGUUUGCAGUGGAAUGAUUAAUGAUUAUAGUCUUUGGACA